GGGGAGGAGAAGGAGGACGGCUCUGCUUUUUUACACCUCGUCUGUGUGCCGAGAGCCGACGUCUCACUUCAACACCGGCCACGGAACGCACCGCAGCAGCGCACCCUCUUUUUUCUAUUUCCAAGAAAAGUGCCAAGAUUCGUGAAUUUUCCCCUGAAACUCCAGUUUUCCGUGUCCUCUCUCCAGCGCGGAGAAACAAGUUUAACGCCCAGCCGCCGCCGCUGCUGCUGCUGCUCAGGAGACGCCGUGUCCGGUGUUUCAUGCUCUCAUCAUCAUCGCUUCGCCUCCGCUGUCUUUAGUUUAAUUUCCUGUCUCCGUGGUAGUGAAGUAACCACUUAAGUGAAUCUAUUUCUUUUGGUUGGGUACAGCACACCCAUACAACCAACCGGCACCAUGACGCGGAGAUCCUGUGCCAUUUACUGCACCGGCAUCGUGUGCGCUCACCUCCUGAUUGUGGGAAUCGCCCUGGUCGUGGCUCAAGUCUUCCAAACAAUGAUACACAGUCGACUGAAAAAGGAAAUCACUUUGACGGAGAAGAGCCAAGUGUUUGAGGCAUGGAAGAAUCCACCACCACCUGUUUAUAUGGAGUAUUACUUCUUCAAUGUGACCAAUCCAGGGGUGUUCAUGGCAGGCGGGAAGGCAGCUGUUAAACAGAUCGGACCCUAUACUUACAGGGAAUACAGGCCGAGAGAAAAUGUGACUUUCUUGGAGAAUGGCACCAAGGUUUAUGCCUUGAACCCUAAAAGUUUUGUCUUUGUGCCUGAGAAGUCCGCUGGCAAUCCCGAGGUGGACAUCCUCACCACUGUCAACAUCCCUUAUGUGGCGGUAAUGGAUCAGCUGAACUCGUACUCCUUCUUCGUGCGACCCUUUGUGUCCAUGUACAUGAACAGUUUGGGAGUUGAACUGUUUAUUAACCGCACCGUCCAUGAGUUUCUGUGGGGAUUCAAAGACCCACUCCUCACAAAGAUCCACUCCAUGAAGCCUGACGUGGACGAAUAUUUUGGGCUAAUGUGGAAGAAAAAUGGCACUCAUGAAGGAGAGUUUGUAUUCCACACCGGCGAGGAGAACUACCUGGACUAUGGCAAGAUUGACACAUGGAAUGGCCUGAGGCAGAUGUCCUGGUGGUCCUCCAAUCAGAGUAACAUGAUCAAUGGCACGGACGGCGCCGUCUUCCAUCCUCUGAUAAACAGGAAUGAGUUGCUCUACAUCUUCGCUGCUGAUCUCUGCAGGUCUAUCCAUUUAAGCUAUGUGAAAGAUGUGGACGUGAAAGGCAUCACAGCGUACCGCUUUGCACCCCCCAGCGAUGUCCUCAUGAGCCCCAAGGACAAUCCCACUAACGCGGGCUUCUGUGUGCCAGCUAAAGACUGUCUCGGCACCGGUGUGCUUAAAGUCAGCAUUUGUCGUGAAGGUGCGCCCAUCGUGGUGUCUUUCCCACAUUUUUAUCAAGCGGACCCUGCCUACAUCAAUGCGGUUGAUGGACUCAACCCCAACAAGGAGGAACACGAGACUUACCUCGACCUGCAACCGACUACUGGAGUGCCCAUUCGUGCCUGCAAGCGUGCCCAGCUCAAUGUAAUUCUGAAAAGAGUUAAAGGUUUCCCCAAGACCAGGUUUCUCAAUGAGACCAUUUUCCCCAUCAUGUUCGUCAAUGAGACGGCGACUAUUGAUGAUGAAUCAGCUUCCCAGAUGAGGACACUGCUCCUCAUUGUGACCCUUGUGUCAAACUUUCCCUUGCUCAUUGUGGGUAUGGGCAUCAUCCUUCUGCUCGUGCUUGUUGUCUUGUUCUGCCGAAACCGCCAGAAGAAGAAUGAAGUAAAACGUAUUGAUUUUACUGAAGCUUUUCAUUCUUUUGCUACGGCAAAAGAAGACACGGCCUACACUCAGGUCAGCAACAAACCAGAGCAGCCGCCAGAAACGCAGGCCAGCAAGCCAGCGAAGAACGGCUCCUACAUUGCUAUGUCUCCAGUGGAGGCUGAGAAGUGUUGAUCAAGGAUCUCUGCCCCAAGAAUGGAGCUUAGGAAGGGGGCUGAGGGAGCAGUACAUGGGUGUUACAUUUCCACGGGUGGGGGGUUUACACACACACACACACACACACACACACACAUUGUGGGGGUCCCUUUUCACAUAUUGUGUGGGGUGGGGAGGAUGGGGAAAAGGGGCGGGGCAAAACCCCCUGUAUACGUUUAGUCAGCAAAGACAUUGCUCCUCUCACUGAGCUCCUUAUGACUGUCUCCUCGUCUCUUCUACCUGCUGAGCAUGGCCCUUGCUGCCUGCUGUACUGCGACACAACAAACUCCUACACCUUUAUUCCUCAUAUCUGUCCUGGUCGCCCGUGAAAGAUGAGAGGACUCUGGUUGGGCUCGACCAGGACAAGCCUUUUUCCAUUAUUCUUCUGAGGGAACACGGCAGCAUAGAGGCAUCAUGGCUGCACAAGGAUGCAUGUAGAGGGUGUCGUAUUCUUGCUCUUUCCUCUCCAUCAGUAUUGCGUGUGGGGAAAAUCUAAGCCAACAGAUAAAAAUAAUCCCAUGUCAACUGAAUCAUUUGGACAAAACUGUGAGCUUCUGCGCUCGGAGGAUGAAAUGGUUUUGCUAAUAACCUCAACUUAGCAUAUCCUUUUUCUGGGAAAAAAAUAGAAAGAAAAACAACUAACUGAGCCAAACUAUUUAUAGCAAUUUUUUGCCUUUUGUUCCUAUGAUGAGUAAGUGUGCGCGCACACACUGCACUUCCAAGUAUCGGUGAAAGUGUGUCUGCUCUUUUAUCUCUUAAUUCAUUGUCCUGUUUUGAUGGACAAUGGCUAAAUGUUUGUUUUUUUUCUCGAUGCAGGCGCAACGUCGUCCGGCACCUGAGAUACUUGUGAUUUUGACCCCACCCUUUUUGUUUCUUUGUCGGCAUCAACCUUUUCCCUCUAAACAUUACUUUAAGAAAUGAAGGGGAUUAGUAGCUAAAUGUGACAUUGUUGGGAUUACCAACGGUAGCCCCGUAACAUUGAACAUUCACAUUUAGCCACAGAACGUGUAAGGGAGACUCCAACCCGCUCUUUGCCUUAGAAUGGUUCAGCGUGUUCUUUAUAUUCUUACAUUGUUCAAAUAAGCUGGAAAUCUCUUGAUAUUGUACAUGUGUAAAGGGGAAUUGUUGCGAUACCUCUGACCAAACUCCAGCAAGCAGUCCUUCUAGUUUUGCAGAUAGACGCCAACUUUUGCUGUGGCGUUGAACAUCUACACUGUUACAUAUUAGACAAAGCACAAUUUGGAUUGCUGAUAACCAGUCCUUACACAAGGCUACCAGGUUUUUUUUGGGGUCCUAGUAGUAUGUGUAUAUAUAUACACACACAUAUAUAUAUAUUUACAUCUCAUUUGUCAAAGACACUGUCAAGUGCUGUAACGAUAAAAAAGAUAAGUGGUAUCACUUGGUGUCAAUGGACCCCCGUUCACCCCCUCCAUGCAGUUGAUCAGUUUGCUAAGGAACUGAAGGCUUUUAGGCGAACGCAGCAGACGGCACUUGAAUCACUGUUUGUCUUACAUUUCCUGUCGUCCUUUCAUUUUUCUGUCCUCCACGUGUCAAACCCGUUGGCCUCCAUCAACGGGAAGUGAACUUCAGGCCAUAAUCCUGUCAACGUGGCAACAUUUCCUGCUCUUUGCCUGCACAUUGUGCCGUUUCUUUUUCUUUUUGUCUCUGUCAUUUCAAUGCAGGUGGUCCUUUAUGUUCAUUACAUUUCAACGGUUUGUUUGGGCUAGUAUUGGUUUUGAUGACGUUGUAAACGGGACGACGGACGUCCCGGCCUCUGUGUUACUUUUUACGUAGCACACGGUGUCUUUAUUUUGAUAUCCUUUUUGUAUUUGUCAUUGCUGCUAAAAUAAAUGCCAUAGUCUAUGGACAUGUAUUUGGAAAUGGGCUACUCACCAUGACAUGCUCAUUGUGGACGAUGCACAAAUGCUUUUUGCCAGUCUUAAACCUUGAAGGUUUUCUGUGUUUGACACCUGAGCAUGAGACACGUAUCGCUUUUAUCGUCGAGGUUAGUGAACUUGACAGAAGGACGAGCCACUUUGGCAACAUCUGUUUGGUGUCAGACGUUUCCUAACCCUCUCGUGCAAAGUCCUUUUAAAUCAAAGGUUCUUUUUUGGGACAUGAGUUUCUUUUCCAUUCUCGUGUAGAGUUGGAUGAGACGUUUGAUGCUGCUCUGCCAAAUAUAACACAGGAGAUGGUUUGCUUAGAUUAACUCGGCACAAAUUCAGGGGAAAAGGAUAAGCAGCAUUAUCCAAAGGUCUACUCGGUAAAUAAUUAAUUGAAUUUGAUGACUGUUAAAAUGAUGGGCAAACUAACAUUAUUAAUCAUUUUAAAAGCAAGACAAAAUGUAGCUGUUUUUUGGUAGAUAGAUUUAUACAAAUGAAAUUCUUGGUUAAGUCAUUAAUGGCAUUUAACACUGUCCUGAUGUUUUUAUAGAUGAAUUGAUGCAUCAAGAAAAGAAUCCACAGGAUGAUCAUGUGUGAACAUAAUCAUCAAUGCAACCUUGUAGGAAAAAACACAAUUAAAUACAAUAUUGAAAAUACGGAGAUGAUCUUGAUAAAUGCAAGCUACUUCUGUUCCCCCAUUCCCAGAAUUUGUGCUUUGUUACCCUAAUUGCAUCUACUAGGUCACCAGGAAGUAAAAACUAUCACGAAAGGCCUUUUUAAUUCCACCUACAUGCAAGAAAAGUUCACCUUGUGUAAACAUACAGUCUAUCAUCAUCAUCAUCAUCAUCAUCACCAUCCACAUUUUGAAAUCUUUACUUGAACCUGAAAGACCUUAAUCCCUAGAAAUGUGUGCGUUGCUUGUGCAGUGUCUUUUCAAACACACACACACGCGUGCGCAUGCACCUGAGCCAUCACUGCUUCUCCUGUCUGACUUCUAUUACACUGACCUUUGAGUCCAAUUCUUGAAACCCAUUGGCUCGUUCUUGCUUGACCAAAGAUAACCCAUAUAGAUCUGCUCCAGCGCAGUGUUUACUCUCUGCGAUAACGGCUGUGCCACAAAAUCACCGCCUACCUUCUUUUUCUUUUCUUUUUUUUUAAAUAGUGCCACCACUCGUGAAGUAUUUGCAACAGUGUUAUGUGUGUGUGUGGAUGCAUGUAUGUGCCUUUUUACAUCAAGGCAACAGAACAAACAUCACAGACGGUGGUUUUGAUGGGUAGUGCUUUUCUUCACUGGUGCGAAAGCGAACAGGUGCUCUUUGUGAGCAGAGAACAUUGUCAGUAUAGAGCAAUACAUCCAAUACUGUGUAAAAUAGAUAAAUGUGGAUGUUUAUGUAUUUUUCUUUCCUGGAUUCUUUUUUUUUCUUUGUGUAAGAUCCCCCCCCUUUUUUUGCUGUAGUGAAGUUCAAACUUUUGUUUUGUGUAAUAUUAAGCUUGAGUUCAAGCACAUUUCACUUCCAUUCAUUUCAAAUUUUCUUUCUCAAGCUGAAACUACAAAAAGGUGUAAACGAGGAUCCAGCAUUUCACACUGGGUCCAGUCGGAGACCUGUAAAAAUGUGUUGUUGAAUGGUUUAACUUGGGUGUUUGUGUUGGAUGAGUAUGAACAUUUGUGAGUACAAAGUUGUGUCGUGGAGCCAAAGGCACCGUUUCUGUCAAACUGGAGUGAUUAACUGGAAGGCUGAUUAUCUUUGACUGAGUAAAGCAAGGCGUUGAUGCUGUGUGACCUAGCUAGAUGAAUGAAGCCCUCCUUCAGGGAUGAGCACUUGUGCCAUACCAUCCUUUUUUUUUGUUUUUAUACCUUAAAUUAGCUCUUUGUAAUGACCACAUUUCCCAGUUUCAAUGUUCUGCAGUCACUAAUAGACAUUUCCUCUAAAGAUCUACUAAUUGGUUUUGCUGCUGAAAAUGACAAUCCUUUUGUCAUGUUAGGUGCAAAAUGAUUUCAAAGUAAUAUUCAUUUUUAGUUUUGAUAAUUUACACUGCACAGAUGUUUAUACAGUGCUUUUGUAAACAUUUCUAGUGUAUUUGCAAAAAAUAAAAGUUGCACUGAAGUGCAAAGUUCA